AUGAGCUCACCUCUGUCGAUGCUGAAGAAAACCAGGCGGGUUCCUUUGCAGGUUCCUCUGGAUGAGCAGCGGAGCAAACAAAAGGUGGCUUUCAGGAGGGAUGUGAUCAAAGAAUUUAGGACAGCGUUACUUUCUGAUGAUUCCUCUGAUCCCAGCCCUCCGCUUCCAUCUCACACUAAUGAUGCCUCCACUUCAAAGCCCAAAGCUCCCGUAAAGAAAAAAGCUGCUCCGAGCGACUUUGAGCUCAUGACAACGAUGGCGCAGCGAGUGAUCGAGCUGGAGAAAAUGGUGACGAGUCAAACGCAGAUCAUAGAACACAAGGAUAAAAGGAUUUCAGCUUUGGAGGAGAUGCUGAGGGUUCAGGAAGAAUCAGGUACGACGUGCGGCGGACAUGGUAGAGAGGACGUUGAAAGGAGGUGCAGAGAGCUGCAGAAUCAAGUGGAUGAAAUGGAGAACUUUCUGAGCGACUACGGUUUGAUCUGGGUUGGAGAUCAGGAGGCCACAGAUUCAGUCGAAGACACCUCCGCCGGCAGCAGCUUCCGCAUGAACUUUGACCUGGUGCUGCAGAGGAUCAAGGAUCUGAACAUUGUCGCAGGGGAAGGAGAGUCUUUUGUGCAGACGACGGCGACGGGAGCUCAGCUGGCCAAGAAGGACCCUGUUCAGCUGAGGCUCUACGGCAACGGCAUCGUCAUGUUCGACGGCCCUUUCCGUUCCUAUCAGGAGUACAGCACCCAGCAGUGCAUGCAGGAUCUGAUGGACGGCUAUUUCCCAUCAGAGCUUCAAGAAAGAUUCCCAGAUGGCGUCCCGUUUGAGGUUCACGACAGGCGAGAUGAGGAGUUUGUGUCCAGACUCCCCUGGGAGGCCUUUCCUGGUGAAGGACAGGCUGUUUGUGGGAGGAAAGCGGAACCAGCCGGCUCUCAGUUACCCGGUAAGAAGAUGACCACAGAUCAGUUCCUGAACAAGCUGCCAAAGCUGGUGGUGAAGGCCGGCCGAGUGAUUGACAUCAGAGACCCUCUAAGAGCGAUUCUGCAGGGUUCAUCACCUGAUGCUCAGAGCAGCUCACUGAUCCUCAUCGACACACCAGCGCUGCAAGCAAUGACGGAGAGAACGCAGACAUUCAACGCUGUCCAGCCGCCGUCUGCUCACGACGUCAUCACGCUCAAGAUGAGGUCAGAAGACGGGAAUCACACCUACGCAGUGAAAAUGUGCUCGUCGGAAACAGUCGGUCAGCUGCGGACGUAUCUGGACAAACACAGGCGAGGCGCCGGUCUGCCCGGAUAUGACAUCAUCAGCGUGCACCCGCAGCGCUGCUACGACGAUGACGGCCAGACGCUCCGAUCAUGUGGCCUCACGACAAACGCAAAUCUGCUGCUGCGAAAGAAGCGACACAGUGGUGCAGUGAUUGAAGUCAAUAAAGCUGUAGAAGGUUAAAUCUGACCUGCUGCCCUCUACAGCAGCCACCAGGGUUCAGUUCAUGUGUGUUGUUCUUCAGGUGGACACUGAUUGUUCGUCACCAACAAGACUCAUA